AUGCCGCAGCAGUCGAUUUCAGUCCAGGGGCUGUACGCCGUUGAUAUCAAAGCCAAAAUUGAGCUUCUCAUCGAUAAUCUGGUCAACAUUGAGGAUCAAUCUGGAAAGUUCUUGCUUCGCCUUGCGGAUGGAAGAGUGAUUGAUACGAAGGGAUGGAAUGAUUGGGAAUGGACACAUGGCAUUGGUCUUUAUGGUCUUUGGCAAUAUCACACCUUGGAUGGAUCCCCUCGAACUCUUGAAGUGAUACAAACWUGGUUCAAAAAUCAGCUUUCGACUGGUACGACGAAGAACAUCAAUACCAUGGCUGUUUUUCUCACUCUAGCAAAUCUCUAUGAAAAGACGGGAGAACAGACAUACCUUCCUUGGCUGGAUUCCUGGGCCGAAUGGGCAAUGCACGAUCUCCCUCGAACAACCUAUGGCGGAAUGCAACACAUUACAUACUCAGAAAUCAAUCACAAUGAACUCUGGGACGAUACACUCAUGAUGACCGUCCUUCCCCUUGCCAAAAUUGGAAAGCUGCUCGGACGACCUCAUUACAUUGAAGAAGCGAAACGGCAAUUUCUGCUACAUAUCAAGUACUUGCAUGAUCCAACAACAGGACUAUGGUUCCACGGCUGGAAAUUCGAUACCUCUGCUCCGGGAGGUGUGGGACACAAUUUUGCUCGUGCACGUUGGGCAAGGGGCAAUGCUUGGAUUACUAUCGUCAUUCCGGAAUUCAUCGAGUUGUUGGAUUUACCACCUGGUGAUGCUCUACGGAGUCAUUUGAUCGAUACGCUGGAAGCUCAAUGUUCGGCUUUGAGGAGUCUGCAGGAUCCUGAUGAUGGGGCUUGGAGGACGCUGCUUGAUGUGCCUGCCAGCGAGGGUAGCUAUAUCGAGGCAUCGGCCACUGCGGGCUUUGCGUAUGGAAUUUUGAAGGCUGUGAGGAAGAGAUAUAUUAGUAGGGAGUAUGAGGCUGUGGCUUUGAAGGCUGUGGAUGCUGUGAUUGGGAGGAUUGGUUCGGAUGGUGAAUUGGCGGAUGUCAGUUUUGGUACGGGUAUGGGGUCUGACUUUCAGCAUUACAAGGACAUACCAUUGACUUCGAUGCCUUAUGGGCAGUCUAUGGCAAUGAUGAUGUUGGUAGAGUUCUCGAGGAAGUUCAUUUGA